AUGAAGUUCAUCACAGUCCUUACUUCGAUGGCGGCGCUGGUCGCCGCCGCCCCUGCCGUUGAGCCCACCAAGACUCAGUCCAUCGACAAGCGCGCGACGAACCUUUGCGGACAGUGGGACAACAUCAAGGUCGGAUCUUACAUCAUCUACAACAACCUCUGGGGACGGGACCAGGCCACCAGCGGCUCUCAGUGCACCCUGGUCGAUGGCAUCACCAACAACCUCGCCAAGUGGUCCUCCACCUGGUCCUGGGCUGGCGGUAACCUCCACGUCAAGUCGUACUCCAACGCCGUUCUCCAGGCCCCUGCUGCGCGCGUCUCUGCUGUCGCCAGCAUCCCCUCCAAGUGGCAGUGGAGCUACACCGGCACCGGUGUCGUCGCCAACGUCGCCUACGAUCUCUUCACCAGCAGCGACUGCAGCGCCAAGCCCGAGUACGAGGUCAUGAUCUGGCUCGCGGCCCUCGGCGGAGCCGGCCCCAUCAGCGCCACCGGCAAACCCAUCGCGACCGUCACCAUCAGCGGCGUCUCGUGGCAGUUGUACAAGGGCGCUCACUCCCAGAUGACCGUCUUCUCCUUCGUCGCCACCAAGCAGCAGACCAACUACAGCGGCGACGUUGCCGACUUCAUCAAGUACCUCGCCGCCUCCCAGGGUCUCCCCCGCUCCCAGUGCCUCUACAGCAUCGGCGCCGGAACCGAGCCCUUCGUCGGCACCAACGCCAAGUUCGACACCACCGGCUACAGCGUCUCGCUGUCCACCGCCGCCGCUCCCAAGCCUGCGGCUACCACGGCUCCGUGGAAGCCCGCGACCGGUGCCACCUGCGCCCCUGCCUACGGCCAGUGCGGCGGCCAGGGCUGGACCGGCCCUACCUGCUGCACCACCGGAACCUGCAAGGUUUCCAACCAGUGGUACUCCCAGUGCAGUUAA